CCAGCAUCUGCAGACCUCAUUUUUUACUCGUACAUACACAAGACCAAAUAGUUCCUGAACAAUUUUUGAAAUAAAUUAAACAAUAAUCCUCCUGCCGGCGGCGCCCACCCAGUUUUUGUAAUUUCGCUCCACAGGAUGUAUUUAGUGUUUUAAUGUAUUUCUAAUCGGAAACUGAUAUCUUUCCUGUUGGGGAUCCCACGGCAGAGCCGGGCCCCAUGUGCGGCCUGGUCGGUGCCGCCGUCCGCUUUCUGCCCUCAGCCGGUUUGCAGCGGCUCGCUGCCCGCUUCUCCUCGAGCCGGAGCCGGAGGCCGAGCGCGGGCUCGGCGGCCAUGCAGACCGCUGUUGUCCGCUGUGUCCCCACCGAGACCAAGUUGACCAUCUCGCUGCGGCUGGGGCCCGAGGGAGGGAGCCAGCGGCAUCUGCAGCGGGAGCAGAGCGAGAGCCUGCAGACUGCGCUCGGCCGCAUCGCCCACAACCUGGUCAAAGCUCAGGCCAAGAAAACCAAGAGAGGCCGCAAGGAGGCGGCCUCGGCCCAGGCCCCGGCUCAGGCCUCGGCCCCUCCUGUGACCCUGUACCAGGGAGAACAACCGGUUCCCGGGGACACGAGUAACGCCGAGGCCUGGCAGGAUGGAGCUAUCUUACAGGUGGGCGAGUCCAGGUACCGAGUGGAGAGAAACCCGCCCAGUCUGACCCAGCUGCGGUUACCCACCUCCAUCCUGGCCGGCUUCCCGGUCUGCCCCAAGGUGGAGGUGGAGUUCGGCGAGGCCUCGCACUCGUUGUUCGAGUGGUGGCUGAAGGAGGCGAGCGGCAGCUGGGAACCAGCGGCUAACGGCCGGGUCUUCACCCCGACCAACGGCCACAUCGGCCUGAAGCUCAGGCUGAGAUGUCACCCGGGCGACGGGCGGCGUUUCGGGGCGCCGGUGGAGCUGGAAAGUGACGGCGUGGUGGAGGCCGGCCCCGGGGCUUGCACCUUCGACAGCCGCCAGUGGCUCACCCGCCGGGCCCCGGAGGAACCGCUGCUCCGCGUGGUUUCCUACAACAUCCUGGCCGACGUGUACGCUCAGACCGAGCUCUCCAGGAACACCCUGUACCCUUACUGCCCCCCCUAUGCACUCGAGCCCGAUUACAGGCAGAACCUCAUCAAAAAAGAGCUCAGUGGCUACAACGCCGACAUCAUCUGUCUCCAGGAGGUGGAUAAGAGUGUUUUUACCAACAGCUUGUCCCCGGCCCUUGAUGCUUUCGGCUUUCAAGGAGCAUUUCGCAUCAAAGAGAAGCAGCACGAAGGCCUAGCAACUUUCUUCAGAGCCUCCAAGUACCGGCUGCUAAGUCAGCAUGAUGUCACCUUGAGCGAGGCUUUAGUUUCGGACCCUUUACACACCGAGAUUUUGGAAAAGAUUUCUACGAACCCUCAAGUUAAAGAAAAAGUCUUGCAAAGAUCAACCACUCUCCAGGUUUGUGUACUUGAGUCUCUUGAAGAUUCAUCAAAGAAGUUGUGUAUUGGUAAUACUCAUCUUUACUGGCACCCCAAAGGAGGCCACAUUCGCCUUAUCCAGAUAGCGAUUGCCUUUCGUCACCUUCAACAUGUUACAGCAGCAAUGCACCCUGGUACACCAGUAAUAUUUUGUGGUGAUUUCAACAGCACCCCAGACACGGGCUUGUAUGAAUUUGUCACCAAGGGACAUAUUUCUGCUGAUCAUCCAGACUGGACUUCAAAUGGCGAGGAAGAACGUUGCAGCAUGUCACUUAUGCACUUCUUUAAAUUAAAAAGUGCUUGUGGAGAGCCUGCUUACACAAAUUAUGUGGGUGGCUUCCAGGGUUGUCUGGACUACAUUUUUGUAGAUAUGAAUAUGUUUGAAGUUUUUCAGGUUAUUCCUUUUCCAAGUCACGAGGAAAUCAUCUGCCAUUUGGCUCUGCCAAGUGUUUCACACCCAUCAGAUCAUAUUGCACUUAUCUGUGAUCUAAAGUGCAAAUAAAUUAUGACAAAUUGUGGGCCUACUGCAACUUUAGCUACUAAUAAGGCUGGUCCAUUGUAUGAGGUUAUACAUAUUCAUAACUGUUAACUUUGAGAAGUUGUCAGUAUCUAUAAAGGGGAUAAUGGUUGGUAAUAUUUUGGGCAGUGAACUUUAAGAUGCCUGAAGCUAACAAAAAUUAAUCCUGUAUUUUGGUAGGUGUCUUUUUCUUUGCAUUAAAGACCACUUAUCGUAAAUGUAGUCAAUAGAAUGGAUAUUAUAAACUAAAAGUCAAAACCAGAAUGGGGCAUCUACUGGAUUUAUGUAUUAAUGGAAAUGUUCACAUUUUACUGAAAUUUAAGUAAAAUAUUGCAUUGCAUUGAAGGCUGUAUUCUUAAGUGGAAUCUUGACAUCUCCGUGCAUGUACGAUGUUGGUGCCAGUCUUCAUGCUAUUCUGCGCAUGCACACGUGUUCACAUUGAAACCUCUGCACAUAUGCAGAAUUGCACAAUGCCAGCUGAUGACAGCAGCUUUCUUACAUUUUUUAAGUGUACUGUGUUAAUAAGUAUGAUCGCAGCCUUCAUUCAGGCUGUGGUGUAUUUUGCAUUAGACCAUUGGGUGAUUUUUGAGUGAUUGUGAAUGUUUUUAUUUGCUGGUCUACCCCAACGCCAUUUUCUUUUCCAUAGGCCCCAUUUGUGCUGGAACACAACUAUGGCACUGUAGAACUAUCUGUAUUGUUCAAAAGGCAAUAUUAUUCAGAGCUGUCAAGGUUAUUUGAGCAAAAUUCAAAAUUCAAAUUUUUGGAGAUAAGUCUCUUGAUUAAAUUUAAAAUAUAAGUCACAGCUAUUAAUUUAACCUGGGGCAGUGUUUGUAGAGGAAUAAGAGAGUGUUAUUUUCAGGGUCUGUAGAUUAUGAAGGAGCAACAAUGGCCUGUUCAGUGAUAUGUACUUCUUGUCAGAUGUGGGAUUUUAAAGAGAGUUUAAGGGUUACUGCGGAUUAUAUCUGCCAUAAAUGCUGUUGGAUAUAAAUCUUAUCAGAUCGAGUGGAUCGGCUGGAGAGACAGAGAGGAAUUUGCAACAGCAACAGUAUGUGAUGGAUGGCAACUAUAGGAAGGGGGGAAAAAAAUCUCCGAUACAUUCACAUAGAUGGGUUAACUCCAGGAAGGGUAAGAGAGGUAGGUAGUUAGUGCAGGAGUCUUUUGUGGAUAUACUCAUUUCAAAACAGCUGUUUUGGAAAAUGUAGGGGGUUAAGGAUUCUCAGGGGAACGUAGCACGAACAGCCAAGUUUCUGGUGUUGAGACUGGCUCUAAUGCAACGAGGGGUAUGUCAGCUUUCAGGAGAUCAAUUGUGUUAGGGGUCCUGUAGUCAGAGGUACAGACAGGUGUUUCUGUGGCCAGGAAAGAGAUCGAUCUGAGAUUGGAACAGCUGAGAACAAGUGAGUCGGGCAGACAGGCAGGAAAAUGGUAGGACUAACAAAUUGAACUGCAUUUAUUUCAAUGCAAGGGGCCGAACAGGGAAGGCAGAUGAACUCAGGGCAUGGUUUGGAACAUGGGACUGGGAUAUCAUAGCAAUUAUGGAAACAUGGCUCAGGGAUAGGCAGGAUUAGCAGCUUAAAUGUUCCAGGAUACAAAUGUUCCAGGAAGGAUAGAAAGGGAGGCAAGAGAGGAGGGGGAGUGGCAUUUUUGAUAAGGGACAGCAUUACAGCUGUGCUGAAGGAGGAUAUUCCUGGAAAUACAUCCGGGUAGAUCUGAGAAAUAAGAAAGGGAUGAUCACCUUAUUGGGAUUGUAUUAUAGACCCCCCCCCGCCCCUCAAUAGUCAGAGGGAAAUUGAGAAACAAACUUGUAAGGAGAUCUCAGCUAUUCGUAAGAAUAACAGGGUAGUUAUGGUAAGGGAUAACUACCAUAUUUGACUGGGACUGCAAUAGUGUUAAAUGUUUAGAGGAAGAGGAAUUAAUUGUGUACAAGACAAUUUCCUGAUUCAGUAUGUGGAUGUACCUACUAGUGAGAUAGCGUUGGCAAAUAGAAUUGAGGAGAAUUCAAAGGGUUUUUACAAAUAUAUUAAGGACAAAUGGGUAACUAGGGAGAGAAUAGGGCCCCUCAAGAUCAGCAAGGUGGCCUUUGUGUGGAACCAUAGAAAAUGGGUAAGAUACUAAAUGAAUAUUUUGCAUCAGUAUUUACUGUGGAAAAGGAUAUGGAAGAUAUAGACUGUAGGGAAAUAGAUGGUGACAUCUUGCAAAAUGUCCAGAUUACAGGAGGAAGUGCUGGAUGCCUUGAAACGGUUAAAGGUGGAUAAAUCCCCAGGACCUGAUCAGGUGUACCCGAGAACUCUGUGGGAAGCUGGAGAAGUGAUUGCUGGGCCUCUUACUGAGAUAUUUGUGUUGUUAUCGAUAGUCACAGAUGAGGUCCUGGAAGACUGGAGGUUGGCAAAUGUGGUGCCACUGUUUAAGAAGGGCGGUAAGGACAAGCUAGGGAACUACAGAGCAGUGAGCCUCACCUUGGUGGUGGGAAAGUUGUUGGAGGGAAUCCUGAGGGACAGGAUGUACACUUAUUUGGAAAGGCAAGGACUGAUUUGGGAUAGUCAACAUGGCUUUGUGUGUGGGAAAUCUUGUCUCACAAUCUUGACCGAGUUUUUUUGAAGAAGUAACAAAGAGGAUUGAUGAGAGCAGGGCAGAAGAUGUGAUCUGUAUGGACUUCAGCAAGGCGUUCGAUAAGGUUCCCCAUGGGAGACUGAUUAGCAAGGUUAAAAUUCAUGGAAUACAGGGAGAACUAGCCAUUUGGAUACAGAAGUGGCUCAAAGGUAGAAAACAGAGGGUGGUGGUGGAGGAGGAUUGUUUUUCAGACUGGAGGCCUGUGACCAGUGGAGUGCCACAAGGAUCGGUGCUGAGCCCUCUACUUUUUGUCAUUUACAUAAAUGAUUUGGAUGCGAGCAUAAGAGGUACAGUUAGUAAGUUUGCAGAUGACACCAAAAUUGGAGGUGUAGUGGACAGCAAAGAUUACAACAGGAUCUGGACCAGAUGGGCCAAUAGGCUGAGAAGUGGCAGAUGAAGUUUAAUUCGGAUAAAUGCGAGGUGCUGCAUUUUAGGAAAGCAAAUUUUAGCAGGACUUAUAUACUUUAAUGGUAAGAUCCUAGGGAGUGUUGUUGAACAGAGACCUUGGAGUGCAGGUUCAUAGCUCCUUGAAAGUGGAGUUGCAGGUAGAUAGGAUAGUGAAGGUAGUGUUUGGUAUGCUUUCCUUUAUUGGUCAGAGUAUUGAGUACAGGAGUUGGGAGGUCAUGUUGUGGCUGUACAGGACAUUGGUUAGGCCAAUAAUGGAAUAUUGCAUGCAAUUCUGGUCUCCUUCCUGUCAGAAAGAUGUUGUGAAACUUGAAAGGGUUCAGAAAAGAUUUACAGGGAUGUUGCCAGGAUUGGAGGAUCUGAGCUACAGGCUGGGGCUGUUUUCCCUGGAGGCUGAGGGGUAACCUUAGAGGUUUACAAAAUUAUGAGGGGCAUAGAUAGGAUAAAUAGACAAAGAGCAGAAAUUAGGCUAUUAAAUCAUUACAGGUAGUUCUGGGAAAAUGCCCAUCAAGUCUGUUCCACCAUUCAAUAACAGCUGAUAAAUUUCUCAACCCCAUUCUCCUGCUUGCUCCCUGUAACCCUUGACAAUCAAGAACUUCUCUAUCUCCAUCUUAAAUGUAUUAAUGGCCUGGCCUCCACAGUCUUCUAUGGCAGUGAAUUCCAGAGUCACCACUCUGGCUGAAGAAGUUUCUCCUUAUCUCUGUUCUAAAAAGGUCUUCCCUUUACUUGAAGGCUGUGCCCUCCGGUCCAAUCCUCUCCUACCAAUGGAAACAUUUUCCCAACAUCCACUCUGUCCAGGUAUUUCAGUACCCUGUAAGUUUCAAUUAGAUUCCUCCGACCUCCCUUCCCAGUGAACUAGGGAACAUGAAUGCAAACUUAAUACUGCAUUUAGAAAAGUGCAAAUGUAAAGCUCAAUUAAAUCAAUUACCUCAAUUGUGAAAAAUGGUAAAUAAAUUUAAGAAAAA